CCACCAAAACAUGACCACUGAGGCUGAGCAAGACAAGAGCGCGCACACAACUUUCACACCUCCUUACCGGCGCCUGCAAUAAAAGCGCCACUCGGGGCGCACUGAGCCAGGGACGCGUACGGGAGCGCUGUGCUGCGGAGUCCAGUCUAUCCUCAUCGCGCACGGGGUGAAGCGCUGAACUCCACUGCGCAACUCUUGCUUUCAGCCCUGUGGGAUUGCUUAAGAAAGGCGCGCGCUUCAACUUCUACGCGAGACGCCACGAUGUGCUCCAGCUGCCGCCACCCGCUCGCGCUCCUCUGCGUCCUUCUGCUGGCGUCCGCAGGUGCGUUCAAGGUCACAGCGCCCCAAGGGCAAGUGCUGGCUGUCUAUGGACGUCCUGCGGUAUUGGGGUGCAGCUACACCACAAGUGAAACCUCAGUGCUGGACUCGCUGAUCGUCACUUGGCAGAGGGCCAGUGACAACGCCGUGGUGCACAGCUUUUACCACGGUAAAGAUCAGCUGGAUAAGCAGAGCGCAGAGUACAGUGGCCGCACGCAGUUGUUCUCUAAUGAGUUCCUCAAGGGGAAUGUCUCUCUACGGCUGGACAAGGUCCAGAAGAAGGAUGAGGGCACCUACCUGUGCACCGUCAGCAGUGUGGAGGGCACAGACAAGGCGGAAGUGCGUGUGAACUUUGGAGCUUUCUACACCGAGCCCCUUCUCACCAUCCAGAGGCACAACACCAGUGUUACCUUUCGCUAUGACAGUAAGGGCUACCCAGCGCCAGAAGUGCAGUGGGUGGACUUCACGGGCCAGAAUCUCUCCCACACAGACGUCGUUAAAGCCGACACGGACGGAGAGUUGUUCCUUUUGCAUACUCAUCUGGUGCUGGAGGCCCAGCCGAAGAUGAACUACACCUUCACCCUGAAGAACAGGCUCCUCGGCCAAGUCAUAAAGAGGCCUGUGGUCUUCAGCGAUGCCAUGGGAUACUGCACUGACAACAGCUCUCAUUGGAUUAACAUUGUUCUUAUUUGCUUCGUUCUUCUUUCAUUGGCAUGUAAUAUAAUCUUACUUUGUAUCAUGCGAAAGAAAAGAAUUUUGAUGAAGCAUCCAGAGAAUGGAAGUAUUUAAAAAAAAAAAAUAAAUAUUUAAAAACCUUCAAUUACAGGAUGUGUGUAUAUAUAUAUUUGCUUCAGGCAGAGAAUGUUUAUUUUAAAUUUGACAAAAUAGUUUGCAUAACUUCCUGAAGGCUUUUCGAAGAAGAGGGAGAAGAGCGUUACAUUUAUUAAUUUUUUUUUUAGAUGCUUUUCUAGAAGCGGUGAAUGUUUCUAUAUAGCAUUUAGCUGACACCUCUAUCCAAGGCAACUUAAAAUGCCCAAUUUUAUGAACACCUUAGAAUAAUUCCACCAUGUGCUCGGUAGAACAAUGUAACACACAUGCAAUAAGAGCAAUUUAGUCACCAGUUCAUCUGAAAGGUGUCUUGGAUUGUGGGAGGAAACAAGCUUCUGGAAGAAACCGCCCAUGAACAUUGGAGAACAUGCAACCUCUGCACAGACUGAGCAGUAAUCCAGCCUACUGCCAAUGAUACAGCUCAGGCACUAUGAGGUACAAGCACUACCUGCUGUGCUACCCUGCUGACCACAGGACAGCCUGAACUGCCAAAGUCUUUGGUCAACCUCAUCAUGACUCCAUCACUGUUCAUUCUACAUCUUCAGAUACAGUCAGCCGUCAAGUCUGUUACUGUGUAAAGAGCAGUAAUUUGUCUUUUGAUUAAAUAUGGUAUGUUACAUAGAGGUUACCUCUUGACAGUUGUAUAGCUGGAAAUGAAAAUGUACUUCACUACCUUUGUGUAAAUGAGUAGCUGUUUGCGGAGAGCGGGCCAUUCACAUGGCACUGAUCCACGAUGGCACUGUUUUACACCGUAUGUCCACUUGUGGUUAUGGCUUGACUUCAUUCGCAAGCUAUGUGUUGUCUUUAUUUACACAAUUAGUUUACAUGUGUCUAGGCAGCAUAAUCGACAAGCAGGGUGGGACAGACGUCAGAGUCAGAAUAGGCAAGGCAAGGGCAGCUUUCCUACAACUGAAGAACAUGUGGGGGUCCAGAGGUCCAGAGUUCUGACAGUUAAGACCAAGACCCGAAUUUUCAACGCCAACGUAAAGUCAGUCCUACUUUACGGAGCAGAGACCUGGAGGACCACCGUCACCACCACAAAAAAGAUA